GGGCGUCGGCAUCGUGCCCUGUGACGGUGAGUUUGUGCGGGGUGUCCCGGCUGGCCGUCCCCGCUGGCCUGCUGCCUUACAUGGGCAAACCUCCGAACUGACGAGCCGCUUGGAAUUUCACUGCGUGACGUCACCGGCCACAACUCUCCCAGAAUUUGGAUCAAGAAGUUUGGCUGUUUUUUGCUGGGAUUCUGCCCGCUGCCGUAUAUCCUCGAAAGCCAAGGGGCCGUGUUGUGUUGAGCCUGCCAUCGUCUUGUAGUAAAAGUUUGGAGCCAUGUGGAACCAAGGGAACAGCGGCGAGCAGACAGGACAUGUGGCCGCCAGGAUGGAAACCACAGCGCCGUUGGGAAGCGCCAGCAUCUCCGUCUCACAGCAGCAGGCGCCGAAGAAGUUUGCUCCUGUGGUUGCACCCAAGCCCAAGUUCAACCCGUACAAACACAUGGGAGAACCUGCCCUCUCGGACCCUGCAUCGGACUACCCCCCCCCUCCGCCGCCUGCGGAAGAGACGAGCCGCCUCCCGUCGUCAUCCGCUGCCUCCUUCCCUCCUCCCCCACCCGCCAACUCGUACGAUUACCAGAUGAGAGGACCCGAGAAGACACUGGAGGAGCGACGCUCCAGCCUGGACGCGGAGAUCGACUCUCUCACUAGCAUCCUGGCAGACCUGGAGAGCAGCUCGCCCUACAAACCACGGACCACCCAGCCCAGUGGAUCUUCCACACUGUCCACUCCCAGCGCUCCAGUGACCGGCUACAAGCGCAUGGUCAUCCCCACUCAGCCACCUUUGACUGCCACAAAGAAAUCGACCCCCAAACCUCAGGCCCUUGGAGGGGGCGGCUCGUCAACUCUGCCGGCCAAGCUUCAAAGCCACGUGGCGCCCCACGCGGCACCCCAGCCGGUCGCCGCUUCCUACGCCACCGCCUCCACGCCCAGCCAGCCCACCUUCAACGUCCAGGUGAGGUCGGCCCAGCCCAGCCCCCAGCAUCAGGCUCCCGGCGGGCAGCACUUUGGCUCGCAGCAUCCGGUACGCAGCCCCACCCAGGUGCAGUACAUGCCGGCCCAGCCCAAAGGUCCAGACUUCGCCUACGGACCGCCACAGCCCGGCUUCUCCCCGAUGACUCAGGGUGGCUAUCAGGAGCAGCAGUACCCGUCGGGCCACCAUGCAAGCGGCCAGGGCUUCAGGAGAGCCGAACCGGCCCAACCGUACCAAACACCAGGACCUAAGAAGACCUACAUCACCGAUGUGCCACAGAGCCUGACCCCCUAUACGUCUGGACCAACUAUUCCACCAAAGAGCGCCGCCCCAGUGGCCCACCCCGAGGAUGAGCUGGAGCGCCUGACCAAAAAGAUGCUCUUUGACAUGGACAACCCUCCGUCAGAGGAAUACUUUGGGCGCUGCGCCAGCUGUGGAGAGAACGUGGUGGGCGAGGGCACCGGCUGCACGGCCAUGGACCAGGUGUUCCAUGUGGACUGCUUCGUGUGCAUGACCUGCAGCAGUAAGCUACGAGGCCGGCCCUUCUACGCCGUGGACAAGAAGGCCUACUGUGAGCCGUGCUACGUCAACACCCUGGAGACGUGCACCAUCUGCAGCAAGCCCAUCAUGGAGCGCAUCCUGCGGGCCACAGGCAAAGCCUACCACCCUCAUUGCUUCACCUGCGUGGUCUGCCACCGCAGCCUGGAUGGCGUCCCCUUCACCGUGGACGCCUCCAACCACAUCCACUGCAUCGAGGACUUCCACAAGAAGUUUGCCCCCCGCUGCUGCAUGUGCUCAGAGCCCAUCAUGCCGGCCCCAGGCCAGGAGGAGACGGUCCGCAUCGUGGCGCUGGACCGGGACUUCCAUGUGCAGUGUUACCGCUGUGAGGAUUGCGGUUCUUUGCUGUCGGAGGGCGACAAUCAGGGCUGCUACCCUCUGGAUGGACACGUCCUCUGCAAGAACUGCAACACGGGACGCAUCCAGGCGCUGACCGCCAAGGCCACCACUGACCUCUGAACGACCCCGCCCACCACUGUGACCGACCAAUGCCCACGCGCUUAUGUCCCUACGCUCGCUUGCACGCUAGCUAGCUCUUCAUCUCACCGAUGAACAUUCAGCUGUGAGAUGGGUUUUUUUUUACGCUUAGCAUCGCUUCAUCGCUCGCUACAGUAAGCUAGCUUAGCACAAUUAGGCAUCUCUUCCGUUCUUCAUGCUAGGCUAGGCUAAGCCACCAAGUGAAUGGCUGCCAUCUUUUCUCAAUAGCAAUAAAUUCGCCUCAAAUUGCUUUAACUUAACGUGUGACAAUUCCAACAAUUCAUUGUUUCUGAACAUCGUAAAUAUUCAAGUUAUCCAUUAGCAUCAUGCUAUAGCAUUAGCGCCUCAUCAUUGAUUAAUAUUAUGCAACUUCUUUAUUCCACUUUAACGCAACUAACUAGCGUCGUGCAAAGGCUGACGCGUACGUAUGAGAUGGCUAUGCAAUUUUUUUUUUCAAACUUUAAUUGCAUUGACACUUUAAAAGACAUUUUACUGCUUAAGGAAAUAUGUUAGCUGUCCUUACCGCUUAGCGCUAAAGCUGUUGGUACGCGUCGACCUUUUGUGCUCCGUCUUCAGUAUUUUUGGUCGACUUUUAAUGUUUUGUUUUGAUGGGUGUCAAAGGGACCGCGAGACUUGUUUGGGCUCGCAAAAUGAUGUUAGCCGUCGCUAGUUAGCCACGCAUUUUUAAUGUUAAUGUGAAAGGAAAAUAACAUAUAAUCAAUCAACGAUGCCGGAGAGUUUUGUUACCAGGAUGGCAUCACAUGUUUUUUUUGUUUUUGUUUUUUGUCAGUAUGUCACGCUGAAAAAAAUAUACUCAUAAAAAUGCGGUAUAACUAAGUUUUGCAACAGAAAAAAAUUGUGUGUUUACUUGAGACGAGACUAUUAGCUUGUUUAGCUGUCUUUAAAUUAGAUAUAUUUUAUAUAUGAUACUGGCAUGUCAUUAUCAGAUAAUAUGAUAAUAUGAAUUACUCUGCUAAAAGCAUCAAGAAAGUAAUUAUAUUGUAAAAAAAAAAAAAAAGGUUAAUGAGUUUUUUUCCUUCUUUAAAUGAUAUUAUUAGCCGCCAGUCUUUGCACAUUCAAGUGCCUUUGCCGAACAAACUUGGUGCUUUCUUUGACCAAAGUAAACAAACAAAAUGGCCGCCUGACGCUGACGCUUUGAAAAGUGAAACAUCUGGUUUUGAUUUUUGUUUGGUUUACUUCUUUCAAUAAAAACAACUUUGCAAAUGCA